UUUUAGUCUGUUGCUCUGAAAUAUAGGAAGAAAGAAGAAGCAAAGCCAGAAGUGCCAGUCAUUUAUUGCAUCACAGAGCUCUCAUCAGGACAUCUUCAUCCAUCAACGUCUUCUGAUGUCGUUUCAAAAUCCACCAGCCUAUGAUCAAAUUGUCCCACCAGCUUACAAUCCGGAUUACGCACCCACACAGCCCGUGUACCAUCCAAGCAGUCAUGUAACAGCUCCACCGUACCAUUACCACGAUAAUGGAGGUUUUGAGAAUGUGGUCGACGUGAACUCUCCGGUAUACACAACAUUAGCGUCUGGUCCGAUGCCAACAUCUACUAUCAUCAUUCGUCUGGAACCUCAUGCGACCAAACUGCAGUGUCCGUAUUGUCGAAUGGACAUAGUGACACGUACUAAAUCAGUUUAUGGUUUGCUGACUUGGAUAUUCUUUGCUGCACUUUUUCUUUUCGGCUGCUGGUGUUGUUGUUUCUUGCCAUUCUGUCUACGUUCGUGCAAAGACAUCAUCCAUACGUGUCCGAACUGUCGUGCCAUGAUUGGUGUACAUCGGCGAAUUUGAUACCAAGUGCACAAAAACUCAUUAAUUCAAUAAAAAAGAUUGUUAUUCA